UCAGAAAAAAAACAACGUAGAUCUAGUAACGACGUUCUCCGUCAUUAUAUUACGGAUCGGAACGGAACGGAGCGACGCGUCAUUUUCCCCCAUUUUGUUUUUGUUUCGUUCUCGCCACCACCGUGACUGGUCACUUUGCAGGGCUGCCUUUGUCACACGAUUUUCCACGGAAGAGGGAGAAACCAAGCCGAAAUGAAACUGUUGCUGCUGGUGGCAGUGGCCACCGCCAUGGUGGUCCUGGCCCUGGGCGAGGACUCGUCGCCGUCAAUGCUGUCGGACGAAUUUAUUGAGCUGGUGCGCAGCAAGGCCAAGACCUGGACGGUGGGCCGUAACUUCGACAAGUCGGUGAGCGAGGAGCAUAUCCGCGGCCUGAUGGGCGUCCAUCCGGAUGCGCACAAGUUCGCGCUGCCCGAGAAGCGCGAGGUUCUCGGAGACCUGUACCAGGGUGCCAAGGAUAUACCCGAGGAGUUUGAUGCCCGCAAGGCCUGGCCCAAUUGUCCCACCAUCGGCGAGAUCAGAGAUCAGGGCUCCUGCGGCUCCUGCUGGGCCUUCGGCGCCGUUGAGGCCAUGUCCGAUCGGGUGUGCAUCCAUUCCCAAGGCAAGGUGAAUUUCCAUUUCUCGGCCGAUGAUUUGGUAUCCUGCUGCCACACCUGCGGCUUCGGUUGCAACGGUGGCUUCCCGGGAGCCGCCUGGAGCUAUUGGACGCGCAAGGGAAUUGUCAGCGGAGGACCCUACGGCUCCAAUCAGGGCUGCCGUCCCUACGAGAUUUCACCCUGUGAGCACCAUGUAAAUGGUACCCGACCUCCCUGCUCCGGCGGCGGUGGCACUCCCAAGUGCCAGCAUUUGUGCCAGAGCAGCUACAAUGUGGAGUACUCCAAGGACAAGCAUUUUGGCUCCAAGUCCUAUUCGGUGCGUCGCAAUGUCCGCGAAAUUCAGGAGGAGAUAAUGACCAAUGGCCCGGUGGAGGGAGCAUUUACAGUGUACGAGGAUCUCAUUUUGUACAAGGACGGCGUCUAUCAGCAUGAGCAUGGCAAGGAGCUGGGCGGUCAUGCCAUCCGUAUACUCGGCUGGGGUGUUUGGGGUGAGGAGAAGGUGCCCUAUUGGCUAAUUGGAAACUCCUGGAACACCGAUUGGGGCGAUAAUGGCUUCUUCCGUAUUCUGCGUGGCCAGGAUCACUGCGGCAUCGAGAACUCCAUUUCAGCGGGUCUACCCAAGCUGUAGAUAAACAAAAAGUAUCAGCUUUCCUGCUAAUAUGAAGUCUUUUCUUUUUUAUUUUUAUUUCCAUUCCAAAGUUCUCAAGACAAAAUGACGAGUCUAUGUAUGUAGUUAAUAUUCUAUGUCAACAAUGUAAACCUGAUUGAUAAUAAAGUAUUGUAUAUGUCUCUAUGGAUAA